CUCAGGGGCGUGUCCGUGGCCACGCCCAGUUGCGCGUUCCCGGGAAUUUUCUUUGAAGCGGGUUCACGUCUGUGCCAAGGAUUGCCUUGUCAUUGUAUCCAGAGGGAAACGCGUGGUCAGCGGCACCACCGACAGCUCCACUGCAGUGUAUCUGGUACAUGGUGGUGUGUAAAGUCAGACUUUAAGCCAGACAUGGAUACUGAAAAAAGUGGCGAGGUUUUAGAUGUGUCAGAGACUCCACAGCCAGAGGAGACUGUAAUGGAAAAAGAGGUUGUGUCAAAAUUGGAGACACCAGAGGAAUCCACAGAGCCUGAGAAGCCACCAGCUGCUGGUGAAGAGACUGAGCAGCUGGCAGUGAAUGGUCACGAUACAGAAGUCAUAAAUGUGAAAAAACCAGAAGAGUUGAUUGUGUCAGAAAACGUUACACUGUCUGAGGAAAAAACAAAAAUGGAGAUUGGGGAGCGCUUGCUCAGAGAAAAAUCUGAAAUGGCGUCAGUGCCUGGUGCGAUGGCACCACCAGAAGCAGAUGAGUCAUCUGAAAAGAUCUCUGACCCAGUUGCAGCUUUAGACACAGAACCAGAAAACAUCCAGCCUGAACAGCUGCCUGUGCCAGAGAAUGACCCAGAACCUUUGCCUGUGCAAACACCUCUGGCAGAGAGUGCCCCUGAACCAGAGCCAGAGAAAUUGGCAGAAUCAGUUGCAGAAGCUAAACAACAAAAGCAAACAUUACCUGAACCAGUCAUGCUGCAGCAGCCAGUGGAAACACAACCACCCAGCCAAGAAGAGAAAGUGCCACAACAAGUGGAAACUGAGACAAAAUUGCAGACUACAAUGAAGACGGCGGCAGAAGAAGUUAACAAAGAGGUGGCAGAAGAGGAAAAAGCAGCAGACACUGUGUUGGUGGCAGAAGUUUCAUCAGAAAAGCCAACAGAAGCUGUGACAUUAAAGGAGGAGGUAUCGGCUGAAACUGGAAAUGUGAAAUCUGCAGAGGACAAGAAGGUUGAAGUUGAACCAGAAAAAUCUGUUGAGUCUGAUACUCAGAAGGGAGCUGAGGCAGAAGGUGUUAAAUCUGAGAAGAAUGAUGCUGAGCUUCAAAAGGAAGAGGAUACAGUCCCUGCAUCUGGCUCCCUGUCCUUUGCCCUCCUGGAACGGGAGCAGACCAAAGAUGCCCUGCGAACCUCUCGCACCCUUGUUGUCCUCAGAGGUCUUCCAGGAAGCGGUAAAAGCUUCUUGGCAUGUGCCAUAGCUGAUGCCUACAAAGACCAGUGCUCUGUCAUCUGUGCUGAUGACCAUGGUGUAAAGCCAGAGAAUCCAGAAUCAUCUGUGGAUGGAUACAAGGCUCUGGAUGACGCUGUGGUGGCCUGCUGCAGUGCAGGAACAGCUUCCCCUCUGCUGCUGGUGGUGGAUGACACCAACCACACCCAGGAUCGGCUGGCCCGCCUGGGGGAGAUUGCCGAGCAACACCAUCUUGUUCCUGUCUUUUUGGAGCCACAUACUGAAUGGAGCAGAGAUCUGGCACAGCUGACCAAGAAGACCAGGCGUGGACUAGAGGAGGCCCAACUGGAAGCCAUGAGAGGUCCACUUGAGGAAAUGUCCCUUCCUCUUUACUUUGGCUGGUUUCUUCUCUCCUCCAUCCAGGACAAGGUCAGGUGCACAUCAAUGGACUUUGUGAAAACGCUGGACACCUUGGAGGCCUUCAAGAAACAUUUGAUUGACUUCACUGGAAAAGCUGAGAAGGAGGUGGAUUUGGAGCAGUACUUUGAAGCCAGAGAAACCCUCCAUUGCACUACAAAAUUCUGUAACUAUGGAAAAGCAGAGGGCGCCAAAGAAUAUGCAGAGAAUCCUGCUGUUAAAGAUUUCUAUGGUUCUGUGUUCGAGCUGUCACUGAGUGCUCUCUUUGUCACUCCUCGCACUGUUGGUGCCAGAGUGUCCCUCACCGAGGAGCAGCUUUUGCUGUGGCCAGCCGAUGCCGAAAAGGAGUCUCCUGUCCCUGCAGCUGCCUCCCUGCCUCCGGGAAGCCGCGCCCACGUUACUCUAGGCUGUGCAGAGGGUGUUGAGCCAGUUCAAACAGGUCUGGAUCUGCUUGAAAUCCUGGCCCUGCAGCAGGAAGGCCAGCAGGGGGAGCUCGUCGAGGAGAUGGAGCUCGGCUCGCUGACCUAUUAUGGCGAGGGAAGGUGGCUGCUCAGUCUCAGAGAGCCUAUCUGCUCCCCAGCCUGCUUCUCCAGCUUCUACGGGCGCAAGGAGCCCGAGCCGACCAAAAAAGAACCAGAGAAGAAAAAGAAGCAAAAGUGCACCAUACUGUAAAUGGCAAACAUGGGGAUGUGUGGCCGGGAUGACUGGUGAAUUAAAACUUAGGCUUACUCUGUGCAAGGUUUGUGUGUUUGUGCAGUGUUUAGGGUUUCACUUAUAGCCACCCUAAAUCCACAAGCUGUGUGCCUUUUUUACUGUUAAUUUGCACCACAACCCAAGAUGCCUUCAAUCCAGUUAGGCUUGUUAAUGUUCAGUAUCUUGUUUCACAUAUUGGUGCCAGAGUUGCAGUACCUGGCUAUUUGCUGAGGUGUUAGCUGCAGUUUUAGACUAAGGUAGUAUAGCCUCCUCCCACAGCUCCACAGUUAUCUAAAACUUAGAUUUCCUCUUCUAUAUAUGUCAGUGUCUCUCAGUAUUCAUAUUAAACUAGGUACUUUCAUUGCAUGCAUCCCAGGUCAAUGGUAUCAACAUAAUAACACAUUUCUGACCUGCUAAGAGUACCUCUGUCGCUUCAGCAGAAUUUGCCUGGUGUUUCCUUUGUCUUAGUUGUAAGUUAGCUGUCAUUUCCGUGUGUGUGUGAGCAGCCUAGGAAGUAAUUGAUACAAUAGCAUAUGGGCCAAAGUUAUCUAUUUGAUUAAGUGUAUUAGAAUGAAUGCCAUUUAUAGAGGUCCUUCCUUGUAAAAUCUUUGCACUGUGCAUAGUUUGAAAGGGAGAAUGCUGAUGAGUUUGGCAUUUGUUUCAGCAGCUUGCACUUAGUACUUAUCAAAUGCUGUGAAUCUGUCCAUGUUUUGCAAUCUUUUCUACUGUGCAAGACCACCAUUGAUCCCUUUUAUCCUCUUUGAACAGCACUUCAUGUAUUGCAUUUCGAUUUGUAUCCUCUGUGACUGUAAUUUUUGAAGGGCAAGUCCUACUUUGUGUAGCUCUUAUGAAUCACUAUUUUUGCACUUGUUUUGUACACUUAAUAAAAAAGAACAUGCUUUGCUCCAAUAAUGCAA